UCAUGAUUGUUUGUCCUAUUCUCUAUACAUCGCAGCUCCCGGUUGACUCUCUCCCACCUGUCACAAUGUACUCAUCAGAGUGGCAACACGAUCGUUUCCUGUUUCCAUGUCUUCUAUCGGUUAUCGUGAAGAACCCUUUUCGACCCACAUUUAUGCUUUCUCCUGAUGCAGAACUAUUUAAAAAGCAGUACAAGAUAGCUCCAAUAUGGGUUUCCCUUCACCUGGACCUCACUGUUGGUGUUUUGUUUCACGAGCUUUAUCCGACAAAACAGCUAUCGAGUGCGGAACACAUAGAUCGGAAUGAACCUUUGUCACCCCAGGUACGAGAUCUUUCUUUGCUUGCACUGCUUCAAAGGAUUUCGUCCAGGCUCUUCAAAAGAUUGACCUCGAAGGAUCGCUGGUGGAAGGUCCAAGUGACGUUCCUGCUCUGCAUCCACCAAGUCAAUGCGAGUCUACGUGUUUGUCCUCUUGGUUCACAGAAAAUCUCUACAAACCUGAGCCUCUCGAUGGCAUUCUGAUGGACAAUGGCACCGUAUCAAACUUGCAUCCUUCUUCACAGUCCCCCAUCUUACGCUCUCCACUCCCUCCAUUGUUGUUCGAUUUUGCUUCAUCGGAAGAGAAGCCGGGUCAAAGUCGUUUAAUUCCAAUACCCACUCCAACAUGUCGCCGUUCACCGGACUACGGAUACAUCAACCAAUUCCAGAGCCAUCUUUUAAGAUCGUACCCAGCGUCUGCUAUCGUUGCACCACACUCUACGAAUGGAUCAAUCGCCGAUUCCAGUGAAGUAUCUGAACCACUUGGGCCCUGGUCUGGUGAGAAGUACAAUGAAAUAAAGGCCGCUGAGUCAAAUCAAAAAGAGAAUGCACAAAAGAAUGCAUCGAAUUUGGAUACCCAUGAAUGGGCUUCACAGACACUAUCCGACUCGUGUAACGCAAUCGUCGACAGAUCCUUCAAAUCUAAAGAAUGUAAAGAUUUAUCAAGGCCCGGUUUACUCCACAGAAUGGUUCCAAGCUCCUCACAAAUUCCAGUUAAAUGGACGGACAGUGACACAGAAGCUUGCGCGGUUACCUCUUCAUUCCCGGAACAUAACACUCGUGGUUCAACUGAAGAAUGCUUUUCUUCUAGAUGUGGAACCGUUCUUGAAACUGCCAGCAUCCGGCGACCGUCUGAUCGCGGAUCCAGUCUGGGCAGGGGUUCUGAUGCGCAUAAACCAGUUGGAUCGUCAGUUGGAUCAAGCUCAGACUCCGAAGUGGAAUAUCUAUUCGGCAAAUCGGAUAAAUGGAGGCAAUGUGAGACUGAAUCGCACUCAUUUGGAACGCGUCCAUCAUCUGGAAGUACGAAUUCAAUUUCCGAUUCGGAUCGGGUGUGCACUAAUUUACCGCGCGAACGCAUUCCACCACUGAUGUCCGAGGAUGCUGUCUCCUCAGAACCGAGUGAUCAAUGCCGAUCUGUGUUCGGACGGAUUAACUGUUACUUGCGUGAUGUCAGCCGGUUGAGGGAAGCAGGUGUGCCUUUCAGCUACGAUGAAGUAGUCUUUUCGUCAAACGAACGGUUCCGUGAGCUGAAAUCCAUACCCAGCUUAUCACUGAAUCAGGUCAACGCGAUGUUAGACGCAAGAAAGCGAGCAACAAAUCGUCAGGCAGCAGAACGCUGCCGACGCCUCAAGAUUGCCACUCGAGAUGAGUUAUCGGAAAGACUGUCAUCUCUGCGCCUCGAAAGACAACUCCUUGUCAGACAGGUUGCGCAGGCUCGACAGCGUAAGCAGAAGGCAGGUCAAUCCUUGCUUAUUGAACAAAGACGCAUACUUUCACUGCUGCGAGGGCCAGAUGGAAACCAGUUAAAGUCCUCCGAUUGGGGUGUGAAGUUGACGCAGGAUGGUGAAGUCGUGGUGGUUGCUGUUGGUCGUUGAUCCCCACGAUCUGUUCUCACGAUGAACAUUGGCAACACAUACCACUGAUUAUCUACCGUUCUCUGUAGUCAUACGUGCCCUCAGGAUUUAUGUUAUUCCUGUAUGCUGUGCAGCACUCUUGGUCACUGGCACUUCUUAGUGAUAUGCAACCCCGUCACGCAGUACUUAGUUUUCAUCCACCUCGUUGCUUGCGAUUGGUUCGCAUUCUCCUACAUGUACACCCCUUUACCGUUGAUUGAUCUGCAUUCUUAUUUUGUAAUGCAUUGAGGUUUCUGACAUGGUUCUGCGCCUAUUCGUCAAAUGGGUGUGCAUGCUUUUUUUGCUGCCUUUUAUGCAUCUAAUGAAACAUUUAUACUAUU